AUGGCGGGUGAGCUCGGCGAGGCCGACCUGGCCUUUCUCCAGACUGCGGAAGCAGAGCUGACCGCGGUCUCAGAUCGAAUGCUCGUUCUUGCAUGUACUCUGAUCUGGCUCUUGAGCGACUACCUAGUUCAGCGGCUGUGUCCAUUCCCUCCGGCGCCGGAGGCAGACAAACUUUACCUUCGAGACGAGCUGCACGAGGCGAGUCUGGCCGCAGGCUCAGCACGACGUGAUGCAUCUGCGCGCCUGCAGGCCUUUGCUUUGGCUGUCGAGUCUUCUCACCGUGGGUUGGCCACGGUCCUGCGGUGGAGAGGUUCGAGGCGUGUUGGUGACUUUGCUCCUCUGGGCACUGUCGAUGUUGCGGCUGUUGCGGUUCAGGUGGGCCGUCACGCGGUUGGCCGCAUGUGCUGUGUCGAGUCGUACAGCGCUCUUCCCACAGGCACCGUCGGCAAAGCAAGUACCAAGAAGAAGUCCACAGAUGGCGAACUGGGAGGUCACAAGGACUGGACAGUUCGUACCAUCGAUGGCCUUGAGGUUGAUAUCGAGGAGCCUGACCUGUACAUUCCGACCAUGGGCUUCGUGACUUACGUGGUGCUUUACGGCGUGGUGCGGGGCAUCCAGGAGACGUUUGCUCCGGAAGUGCUCUCUGCGACUAUCAGCUCGGCCUUGGUUAUUCUUGUCGUUGAGAUGGCCCUGAUGAAAGGGGCCCUCUUCAUGGCAGGAGCUGUCAACACACCUACGCUGGACCUCUUGGCGCUGCUUGGGUACAAGUUUUUCUACCUGUCUCUGCAUCUCGGUGUCGGCCUCCUCUGUGGACACGGCCGCAGACCGUCAGGCUUUUUUUAUGCCUUGCCGGUCUGUGGCCUGCACAUUAGCUGCGCCAUCGCACUUUGGCAGGCUUUACGGCGUUUAGCUCGAUUGCAGCCAUCCCACGGUCAGGAAUGUGUCACAGACAUGCACCAGAUGUGCAUCAAGGUGCUACCGAUCGUGCAAAGCGCUGUGUGUUGGAUGCUGCUCCCGUCUUGGCCGAAGGUGGCAAUUGCCAAUGCUCCUGAGGAGGUCACCAUCGCCAUCACCACAACUGCCGCGUCAGUGCUGAGCGGAAACUCGAGUGCCUUCUGA